AUGGAUCCUAAAUCCUCACCCGUCUUCUCAUACCAACUAAAGAGACACACUUUAACAUAUUGCAGAAGAAGCUAUGUAAAACCCAAUGGGUGCAUAAAGAUGAAAUCAAUGAAAUUCAGUCAACUUGGUUUCAGUGGGCAAUGUCACAUAUAUAAAUUUAUAUCAACUGUUCGGCAAAACAAACCUUUUGUGAUGCCGAACAUGGAUGAUGGCCAUCUAUCUGUGUCAAUGUCGGAAGAGGACACAAAUACCAACCAUGCACCCAGUUCCGAAGGAGAGAAAUUCUUGAGUAAAUGGUCACCCCCGAAUUACCUUUGGAGGGGAUUAUCUGUUCUUGUCUUGGCAGGUCAGGUAAUUAUCAGGAGUUUAAGGGGAAAAAUUCACUGGAAGAAUACUCUGCAACAGCUGGAGAGGGUUGGGCCUAGAUCAGUUGGGGUCUGUCUCUUGACCUCUGCAUUUGUUGGCAUGGCUUUUACCAUCCAAUUUGUUAGAGAGUUUACUAGAUUAGGAUUAAACAGAUCUAUUGGUGGGGUAUUAGCUCUAGCCUUUUCAAGGGAGCUGAGUCCUGUGGUCACAUCAAUUGUGGUUGCUGGGCGUAUCGGCAGUGCGUUUGCUGCGGAGUUGGGAACAAUGCAGGUUUCUGAGCAAACUGACACAUUAAGGGUUCUUGGAGCAGACCCGGUUGAUUACUUGGUAACUCCAAGAGUUAUUGCUUCCUGUCUUGCUCUCCCUUUCUUGACUUUGAUGUGUUUCACAGUGGGGUUGGCAUCCAGUGGCUUGCUGGCUGACAGUGUCUAUGGGAUUAACCUCAACAUUAUAUUGGAUUCAGCUCAGAGAGCUCUAAAUUCAUGGGAUUUAAUUAGUGCAAUGAUCAAGUCAGGGGUUUUUGGCGCCAUCAUAUCUAUAGUGAGCUGUGCAUGGGGAGUUACAACAUUGGGAGGUGCUAAAGGUGUUGGGGAGUCAACAACUUCAGCUGUGGUUAUCUCGCUGGUUGGUAUAUUUGUCGCUGAUUUUGCACUCUCAUAUUGCUUCUUCCAGGGAGCUGGAGAUUCUCUGAAGAACUGCGUAUAA